CAGGAUUCUCCCUUGGAGUUUAAGAUGGAGUUUGCUUUCCCUGAGGUAUGUGUCCUGCAUGGGGGAGGGUUUCUGAAAAAUACGCAAAGAAGGGUGAAUGGAUGGUGGUUAGGCAACAAUAUUGUCCAUCAAGGCAUCCUUUCAAGUGCAGAUCAGAUCCCACCUCCUCCAUGAAGCCUCCCCAGAUUACUCUAACCUGAAGCAAACUCUGAAUUCCUUCAGCACUUAUUGCUCACACUGACAUUUCACACUUACCUUAUACUUUUUAAUAAUAUUUUUAUGUACAUAUUUCUAAUCUCCUGAUCUAAAUCCUUAAAUUAGAGUAUGUGUUACCCUCCUCUGUGUAUGGGACAAUCCCUCAUGUAUCACCUUGCCCAGAAUAUUUCAUGCUCAAUAAAAAUCUGUUGUUUGAGUUACUUCUAAUAUAAGCAUAAAGAAGCAAGCAGCUUUGAAACUUAGCAAUAGAGAUAUAGAUCCAGCUCACUAAUUCAAUUCUUCCUUCUUCCUAAUAAAAAAUCUCCUCCUGCUCAUUAUCUCCCAGGAGUCUUUCAUACAGACAUAUUGGUGAUUCUCAGUCUUCGAAUCCAUCUGUACUUGAUAAAAUGGUUAGAUUUUGAACCUAAUUAAAUAGUGAGAAGCACCAAUAGUACAUGACUUGGCUAAUAUUUUGAGUAAGAAUCUGGACAAGAUACAAAUCUAAAGUAGUGGCUGUUUUUCCUCUUCUCUGGGUUGCGCUUCCUUCCCUAGUUCGCGAAGAUGCAGCUCAAACCGAUGGAGAUUAACCCGGAGAUGCUGAACAAGGUGCUGGCCCGGCUGGGGGUCGCCGGCCAGUGGCACUUGGAGGACGUGCUGGGCCUGGAGGAGAAGUCUUUGGGCUCGGUGCCGGCGCCAGCCUGCGCGCUACUGCGCCUCCUUCCUCUCACGGCCCAGCAUGAGAACUUCAGGAAAAAACAGAUUGAAGUGCUGAAGGGACAAGAAGUAAGUCCUAAGAUGUACUUCAUGAAGCAGACCAUUGGCAACUCCUGUGGAACCAUCGGACUCAUUCACGCAGUGGCCAACAAUCAGGACAAACUGGAGUUCGAGGAUGGGUCAGUUCCCAAACAGUUUCUUUCUGAAACAGAGAAGUUGUACCCUGAAGACAGAGCAAAAUGCUUUGAAAAGAAUGAGGCCCUCCAGGGAGCCCAUGAUGCCGUGGCACGGGAAGGCCAAUGCCGGGUAGAUGACAAAGUGAACUUUCAUUUUACUCUGUUUAACAACGUGGAUGGCCACGUUGUUCAAGUCUAUGAACUUGAUGGACGGAUGCCUUUUCCGGUGAACUGUGGCACCAGUUCAGAGGACUCACUGCUGCAGGACACCGCCAAGGUCUGCAGAGAAGUCACUGAGCGCGAGCAAGGGGAGGUCUGCUUCUCCGCCGUGGCCCUCUGCAAGGCAGCCUAA